GUAUGGGCUGUGGCUCGUCAGGGGGGGGCAGAGUGCCCCCCUGCCCCCCCCCCCCCCUCGUAGAUCCGCCACUGUUCUGCUUUGCGUGACUCUCGUAAACAGGGAAGGGUUGUGGAGUUUGAUCCCACACUUCUUUUGGGUUAUUUUUAGGGAGCCUGAGGUGGGGGUUUAAACCCCUAACCCCCCCCCCCCACCCCGAUCUGCCACUGACUUUGUUCUUCCCAGCAGGGACAAGCAACAAAACGGCAUUAAAAAAAAUAAUCCGAACAAUUAAAUGAAAAAAUUGAUUGCGGUUUGAAUGAACAAAAAAAAUACUAAGGUACGCCUUUAUAAGAGUGAAUAAUAUGACUGGCAAAAGAUGCCAUAAACAAAAUGACAAAAGACCGGUGAAAGAUUACUCUGAUUACAUUCGCCGGCUAAGGUAUCAAAUAUAACCUUUGAUCAUCAUGCAAUUGAUCAGUAUGCAGUUUAAAGGGCAUUCGAAUCCUUAUUAAAAUCAGGCGUCAUAAGAUGAGGGCAGAGCUAUUCAGCUCAAUAUAAAAGUGUUAUUUUUCUCGAUUUGUGAAAAAAAAAACCAUUCCAAGCAGUAUAAAUAUGAACAUCACUUUAUGGCACGGUGGUCAGAUCAUUUUUUAUUGAUCCCUGCACUUACGUUGUGUUUUCUUUUUUCCGGGCACUUUACAUCAGAAGACCAGUUAAACUUGAAAUGGAAAUUUCGACCACACCCAUAAUAAUUAUUUCCUGAAUCACAGUGAAAUAGGACUUUAUUAUAUUUUUCUAGAUAGUUCACCGCAUUCAUAACUCUAAACUUUGUUUCCUCGACAUGCUCGAUCAAUGCGGCACUGAUGACAAAUGACGUCCUGGAGGAAAUAUGGCGGCCAAAUGUCAGGAGCGAUGCCAGGAUUUUCCCAGGGGCGCGGGGACAAUUAAAUGAUAGAAGUAUCAUAGAAUUUAACGACACAGGACGACCAUUUUGUUUUCUUUCUUCUCCCCCUCACCUUUCCUUGUUUUUUCUCUACAUGAAAGAUCAAAGGGGCGGUCAGCCCUAGCCCCCCCCCCCCCCCCCGUCCUCUCUCUCCUUUCGUGCCUGCCAAGAUUCCCUGAAGACAGAUAAUCAAGAAGAGCGAAAAUUUGGGAUGCCUUUUUAUUGAAGACCAAUUUGCACCUACAUGUUUAUCUGUUCUACUUUUGUGUAUGUGUGGGAGAUGGUGUAUAAGGGUGAGGGAGUGUGUCUGUGUGUAAGUGUGUGUGUAUAUGGGGAGUGUGGGUGGGAGGGUGAUUUGAUUUACACUCGUAUCUGUCUAUUAAGUGUUAUAUUUUACCUUUUUCUUAACCGGAUUAAUAUUUCAUAGGCUCUACCAAGUUUGGAGCUCCCUUUAAUUUCAAAUCCCUUCCCUUCCAAUGAAUCCCCUACUUGUAUAAUGGGAAUUUGCAUUAGAUAUUGUGACCAUUUGGUCCAAAUACAAUGGUCAGUUUAAUUCAGUUCACAUUGUUGAAUCGAAUGAGGAAACCGGUUGAAGAUGGUUCUGGUUCCAAUAUGGAUGUGGAGUUGGGUGGGCCUACUCUUCUUGGGGAAAGUACCAAGUGCUGGUGCUUCCAAUAUCUUGAUAUCCUCACUAUACGGUGAGGGCAGUCAUUUCUUGUUGGGUGCCUCUAUUGGACAAGGGCUCGUAGACAGUGGCCACAAUGUGACAUGUCUUAUUAGUAGAGCAUUCGAACACCGUACAUCCGAUCCAAAAUACAGUAGUCUUUCCUUCGAGGUAUUUGACCAUCACGACCGAUCCCUUGAAGAGGUACGAGACAUGUUCUACCAGUUGAACACAAAGGCAAUGGAAGGUGUCCAGGACCAGUUGGUGGAUACUGUUACGCGUUUCGUACGAACACUUACCAAAGACUGCGAAGCGAUAUUGAAAAAUGGCAUAUUGAUGAAACGCCUUGAGAAGAUGGACGCCAUUGUCAUGGACAUCACCUGGCCGUGUGGACUCAUGAUCAAGGAAAUGAUCGAACAGAACCUGAACUGGACCAGGAACUUAACGAUGGUAUCUGUUAGUCCGACUCCUCCACAAGCAAUCUUCCUUUACCUCAUGGGUUCAGCUUACAACCCUUCUUAUCAGCCAGAGCUCAUGUCAGGGAUUACCAACAGAAUGACUUUCUUUCAGAGGGUGUCUAACUUUCUGCAAACCGCACAGUUUAUGAUCCUUGCUCAUUUGUUCACAGGACCUUUCUAUUCUGAAGUUGCCAAGAACGUUGGACUCAAUCCUGACAGUGCAGACUUUUACAAUUGGCAUAAAAAAGUUGAUUUGUCUCUCUUGAGCAUGGAUUUUUCGUCUGAAUUUCCAUUUCCUUUAGCUCCAAGUUUUAUUCCAGUCGGAGGACUAACUGCCUCUCCCGCGAAGGAACUAGACCAGGAAUUGGAAGAUUUUAUGCAGAGCUCAGGAGAUGAUGGCGUCAUCCUUUUUACUCUGGGGACCUACUUCUCCGCAGUUGCUAAACUCACACCGGGAUUUGUCGAAAUGUUUGCCGACGCUUUUGGAAGGUUACCACAAAAGGUUAUCUGGCAGUUGGUGGACCCUCCUGAUGGUUUUGAACUGCCGUCAAACAUUAGGUUAAUGCCGUGGGUACCACAAAAUGACUUACUAGGUAAUCCCAAGACACGAGUGUUCAUGUAUCAAGGCGGCAACAAUGGUUUCCAAGAAGCAUGUUACCACGGUGUUCCUAUUGCCAUCAUACCCCUCCAUGGUGAUCAGUAUGACGUAGCAGCCAGAGUGAUUGGAAGGGGGAUGGGACAAAAGCUGGAUAAAAACACCAUGAACGCCGAAAUUAUAUAUGAGACUCUGAAGGACCUCAUCGAUGACCCAAAGUAUACAAAAGUCGCGAAACAUGUCUCGGCAGUCAACAGGAACAGCCCAAUGACAGCUCGAGAAAGAGCAGCAUUCUGGAUAGAUCACGUGAUCAAUUAUGGCGGAGAUUACCUGAGAUCACCUGCAGGAGAACUACCAUUUGUUGUUUACCACAGUCUUGAUGUGGUCGCGUUCCUUUUCGCAGUCAUUUGUCUGCUUCUAGCAAUCAUUGGCUAUACUUUGCUUUUGUGUUUAAGAAGCUGUCGUAGAAUUGUAUUUAUGACCAAUAAUAAAGAAAAGGGUGAUUGAAUGCAUUUUGAAAUGAAAAAUGAAAUGAAAAUCCAAAUUUUAUUGUUCGAAAUUUUGCUUUGCCCAAUUGAUCAUGGGCCCGGCAGCCGCUGUGCAGCGCCAGAUCGACGAGGCUCUAUCCCUUUAAUCGUUGAACGCCAAACAGGGUAGCAGCAACUCCCAUCAAUAUACCAAUUGAAAGUGUAUUUUUACUUUGAAAUAGUUUGAACACCGUGACUCAUCGUGAUUGAUAGAAGUAAUUCAGAAGCAUCUAUCCUGGGGGCAGGGGAGGUAACACUCCACCCCCCCCCCCCAAAAAAAAAAAGUGGGGACAAACAUUUCGAUUUGCCCCCCCCCCCCCCCCCCCCAUAUUGAAUCUUGAUUAUUGGUGAUUAUACAAUGCAAAUAGGCCCUGCAUGCUUUAAAAGUAUUUUUACAUCCAUAAAAUACUAUUAAACAAAUAGUGUCAGUUUUUGGUUUUGGGGGGUUUUUUGGUGCGCUUUGCGCGAGAAAUUUGUAAAAUUCAACAUUGUAAUUUGGCGUACAGAGCUCGCCCAAAAUUGUUGGGUUCUUUUUUUUUAUUCACUUCUGCCCUCAAUCGGAAAAAAUGGGAUCGACGACCCCUACGAAGUACAAUAUACCCGUGAAAAUGGUAAAAAAAGCUCGUCAGGGGGGCAAUAAAGGUCUUCAACCUCGUCAGGGGGGGCCAAAAAAAGUAUUUCAAGCUCGUCAGGGGGCAGGGAUACGUCCUUUGCAUGGGUUGUGGCUCGUCAGGGGGGGCAGACUGCCCCCCCCCCCCGUAGGUACGCUAGUGCACCUCCUCCUCGGCCUCUAACAUUAGAUAACAAUACAGAUAAUUUUAAACGUCAGAGGUUACCAACCUUAAAGUUUUCAACCACU